AUGAAAGACAUUCUACUAGAAGGCGAUGAUGCUCAGUUGGCGGCUAUGGGGCAUCGGCCCGAACUCCAACGCAGUUUUUCAACGUGGUCAAUGCUAGGACUAGCCUUUGCUGUCCUCAACUCAUGGACAGCACUCUCGGCCAGUCUAUCAAUCAGUCUUACCUCCGGUGGAAGCACAAGCGUGAUAUGGGGACUGGUGACGGCGGGAUUCUGCAAUUUAUGCAUUGCAUGCUCGCUGGCUGAGUUCCUCUCGGCCUAUCCAACUGCUGGAGGACAAUACCAUUGGGUUGCAGCAAUCGCGUGGCCAAAGUGGGUUCCCAUUCUAUCGUGGAUCACAGGCUGGAUCAAUGUGGCAGGCUGGGUUGCCCUGGUGGCUACAAACUCGCUUCUGUCUAGUCAACUUAUUGUUGGGGUUAUCUCCACCCUUCACGAGAGCUAUGAGCCCCAACGCUGGCAUCAAUUUCUCAUCUACAUUGGACUGACGAUUGGUUCAUUCGUUAUCAACGCUUUUAUGAACUCCAUUCUGCCGGUCAUUUACCGAGGCGCUUUUGCAUGGUCCAUUGGAGGUUUCGUGGUUGUGUCUAUUACAGUCCUCGCAUGUGCAUCGCCCAAUUACAAUUCGGCUUACUUCGUGUUUUGUGACUUUGUCAAUCAAACAGGCUGGCCUGAUGGAGUCGCAUGGCUUCUUGGUCUACUCCAAGGAGGCCUCGGUGUGACGGCUUUUGACGCUGUAGCACACAUGAUUGAAGAAGUACCCAACGCUUCCGUUGAAGGACCCAAAAUCAUGGUAUCCUGUGUGGGAAUCGGUACUGUUACCGGUUCGAUCUUUCUCAUUGUUCUCCUAUUUGUCGCUGGCAACAUGGAACAAGUCACAACCUCGGCAGCUGGUCCCCUUUUGCAGAUUCUGCUUGAUGCGACAAAAAGUAACGCCGGCGCUAUCUGCCUUUUGAUGCUGCCUCUUGUUUGUUUGGUUUUCGCUAUCAUUAGCGUUAUGACUACUAGUAGCCGAAUGAUUUUUGCUUUCGCGAGAGAUGGUGGGCUCCCAGCUUCUCGAUUCUUCGCAACAGUGCAUCCCACGCUCAAAUUACCUCUGAACGCACUCAUGUUGAGUGUUGUUGUGGUCAUCGCUUUUGGGUGCAUCUUCCUGGGCUCUUCAAGUGCUUUCAACGCAAUUAUCUCCGCUUCAGUCGUGGCACUUGACUUAUCCUACGGCAUUCCCAUCGCUAUCAACUGUCUGCAAGGACGCCGAAGGCUACCCGAGCGGAAGUGGAAGCUGCCAAGUUCCGUCGGAUGGUUUGCCGACAUCGUUUCCUUGUCCUACAUCAGUCUUACCACUGUAUUGUUCGUUUUCCCUCCGUCCAGCACGGUCACAGGGAGCAGUAUGAACUACUGCAUUGCAGCUUUUGCUGUGAUCAUUAUCAUCUCCGUGUUCCAGUGGAUUGUUGACGGAAGGAAAAACUUCACGGGUCCUCGCUUUGACAUGACUAUCGAUGCCCUGGACGCCAUGCCCACAGAGCAAGAGCCCAGCAGACAGGAGAAGUAA